CUACAAUAGCCAGGCGUCUCUCUCGUGUAUCUCUGAAUCUCUCUCUCUACUUUUUCACUUCACAAAAAACAUUCAUUCGCAUAUUCAGAUUCAUAUAUAUACCGAAUUACCAAUACCAUAAUCUGCCCCUCAGUUUCUCUCUCUAGGGUUUCAGACUGCCCUCCAAUUUUUAGAGAGAGAAAGCGAUCAUUCUAGAGCGAGAGAGAGAGAGAGAAACUUUCCUUCUUUACCAUCAUGUCCGAUUCGAGCUGAAUCUCAAUCACUCCUACCUCAUAUUCGGAUCGUCACACUUCGAUCCGAUUACAUCAGCAGCUAUACCUGGAAGAUUCAAGGACCGAUCUGUAAUCAUUCAAAUAUAUAUAUAUUUUUUAUUUCUUUAAUUCAGUUCAGCUAUUAAAUUCAUCAAUUAAGAUUACUUUUCAUAAUCACCUUCUCGGAUGUCUUUCAAGAUGUGUUUUCGCAGUCCGCGGAGUCGAGUAGUUUGAAAGUAAGAUCCGGGUGAAAAUCUGGCCUAUAGGCCACGAUUGUUGAUUUAAUUGGUAUGCAACACUUAAGGGCGCUGGUUGUUCAGGCGGGCAAUAUUGGGAGAUUCGCCAAGGGAAGGGUGCAACUGAGCAAUAUCAGGAGAGAUUUGAAUGCAACUCAGCGCAUAAGUUAUACAUUGAAUUGUAACUUUACGACGGGAAGGACAAUGAUGGUGGAUACAGGCGCAACUGCAAACCAAGGACCCACUAUUGAUGUGUUACCAGAGAAAGAUGAUGAUGGUGGCUAUGCUAGCGGUGGAUGGAAAAGUGAAGAUGGAAGACUGAGCUGCGGAUAUUCGAGUUUUAGGGGAAAGAGAGCUAGCAUGGAGGAUUUCUAUGAUGUUAAAGCUUCCACGAUUGAUGAGCAAACAGUGUGCCUGUUUGGGAUAUUCGAUGGUCAUGGCGGAUCUCGCGCGGCUGAGUUUUUGAAGGAACAUCUUUUUGAGAAUCUCAUGAAACAUCCACAAUUUAUUACAGACACCAAAUUGGCUAUAAGUCUAACAUAUCAACAAACAGACAUGGACUUUUUGGAAUCUGAGAAAGAUACUUACAGGGAUGAUGGUUCCACUGCUUCUACGGCAGUGUUGGUUGGUAACCAUCUAUAUGUUGCCAAUGUUGGCGAUUCACGGACUGUAAUAUCAAAGGCUGGCAAAGCAAUUCCUCUUUCUGAGGAUCACAAACCAAAUAGAAGUGAUGAGCGGAAGAGAAUUGAAAGUGCUGGAGGUAUUGUGAUGUGGGCAGGCACUUGGAGGGUAGGAGGUGUCUUAGCAAUGUCCCGUGCCUUUGGUAACCGCAUGUUGAAGCAAUAUGUUGUUGCAGAACCUGAAAUUCAGGAACAAGAGAUAGAUGAAGAAUUUGAAUUGCUUGUGCUCGCGAGUGACGGCCUCUGGGAUGUGGUACCGAAUGAGGAUGCUGUAUCCCUUGCACAAUCUGAGGAAGACCCUGAGGCAGCGGCUCGGAAGUUAACAGAAACUGCUUUCACUCGUGGCAGCGCCGACAAUAUCACCUGCAUCGUGGUGAAGUUUCACCAUCAUAAAGCAGAUCCAGCCAGUCCCCAGCAUGAUUAGGAUGACUUGGUUGACACAGCAUGUGUAACGUCAUCAACAUUUCGGUAAUCCAAGGCAGAAGUCUGCAAGUGCACAAUUGGCGAGUGUGCAUGCCAACAUGGAUGCAAUUUGUUUAUUCAUUGGUUUGUUUCUUGUUUUUGCUAUUGUAAUGAAGGAACAUGGAUCUCUGACCUGUUCAUUUCAGCAUCUGUCUAUAUGUUAUAUCUCCCCUAAUUUAGUUUUGGUUUAAUAAAUGAGUGAUGUUUUUAUUCU